GCGCCGCAUGCGCGCGCACAGUCAGCGGUCGCGCGCAGCACGCUCGGGGCCCGGAUGGCGGCGGCGGCUGGAAGCGGGACGCCCCGGGAGGAGGAGGGGCCCAGUGGGGAGACGGCUGCUCCGCAGCCCCAAGCCCCGACGAGUGCGCCCGGGGCUCGUCUCUCGAGGCUGCCUUUAGCGCGAGUGAAGGCUUUGGUGAAGGCGGACCCCGACGUGACCCUCGCGGGACAGGAAGCCAUCUUCAUUCUGGCACGAGCCGCGGAACUGUUUGUGGAGACCAUUGCAAAAGAUGCCUACUGCUGUGCUCAACAAGGAAAGAGGAAAACCCUCCAGAGGAGAGAUUUGGAUAAUGCAAUAGAAGCUGUGGAUGAAUUUGCUUUUCUGGAAGCUGCAGAUGUUAACUUCCUGCUGUGAUAAAUGAAGAUUUAGGAACAUUGGAUUGAUGGCUGAGCUCGGCAGUUUUGUGAGCUUUCACCUGCAUCCUUUGGCCAGCCCCUCUCCUGCAGGCCUCAGCUUUGAAGAACAGACUGUUUGGAAUAUUGUACUCACAUGCUUUUCCUGUUCCCCCUUCACCUAAGCCGGGAUAAGCAGAGAUCUCACCUAUUAACUUUUCUCUACAAGGUCUUCCACUACUGUGUCUUCCAUUUCAGGCUUGGAGACAGCCUCUAUUGAGGCAGAGGAAAAGAAAAUGAUUUGUGUAGGUUGCUUAAUGAAUGAUGAGGACUAUAAUAAAGGUCUCUGAUCAAUUUCAA